UUUUUUGCAUGUGUUGUGUGACAGGAGGGAAGGGGAGUGGGUUGAGCUCGCCUGUUCUCCCAUUGUCAGCCAGUCUAGUGAGUGUUGGGAAAACCUGUCUGUGGGAUCUUGUGUCAUCUCUCCCUACAUGUGUACAGGAAAAGUCCGCGCUGCUCAGGGCUCCUCUUUCUCUCUCUCUCUCUCUUUCUCUCUCUCUCUCUCUUUCUCUGUUUCCCUUUCAUUCUGCUUCCCCGGAGCCGAAUGAAGCAGAGAGCAGGAUUAGAGUCCGCCACUGGCUAUCAGAAGAGCCUAGAUAAAAGGAACUGCUUCUUAAGCACCACUGCAGCAGCCCUUGUUCAUUUUUUUUUUUCUUUCUACACAACAGUUGUGCCUCAUUAUCCGGUGCCUGGCUCGAUUUUUUUUUUUUUUUUUUUUUUGGAGGGUUUGAAGUUUCUGUGCUCCAGUGACUGUUACAGAAGAAGAGGUGUUAGUGUUGCCGUGAGGUCUUGAUUGUCUGCAUUUAUGAAUGAAACUGACCUAAAUCACCUGUUACCUCCAGUUUCCAGAUUGUUUGAACUUCUCUGGCCGCACAAUACAGGAGGGAAGGCAGAGCAGCACAGGCACCUCCAGCGUCUGCAGCAUGGGCUGGUUCGCUAGGAUUGUCUGUCUUUUCUGGGGAGUAUUACUCACAGCCACAGCAAACUAUCAAAAUGGGAAGAACAAUGUGCCAAGACUGAAAUUAUCCUACAAAGAAAUGUUGGAAUCCAACAAUGUGAUCACUUUCAAUGGCUUGGCCAACAGCUCCAGUUAUCAUACCUUCCUUUUGGAUGAGGAACGGAGUAGGCUGUAUGUUGGAGCGAAGGAUCACAUAUUUUCAUUCAACCUGGUUAAUAUCAAGGAUUUUCAAAAGAUUGUAUGGCCAGUAUCUUUUACCAGAAGGGAUGAAUGCAAAUGGGCUGGAAAAGAUAUCCUGAAAGAAUGUGCUAAUUUCAUCAAGGUGCUUAAGGCUUAUAAUCAGACUCACUUGUACGCCUGUGGAACGGGGGCUUUUCAUCCAAUUUGCACCUACAUUGAAAUUGGACAUCAUCCUGAGGAUAACAUUUUUAAGCUGGAGGACUCCCAUUUUGAAAAUGGCCGUGGGAAGAGUCCAUAUGACCCUAAACUGCUGACGGCAUCUCUUUUAAUAGAUGGAGAAUUAUACUCCGGGACCGCAGCUGAUUUUAUGGGGCGAGAUUUUGCGAUCUUCAGAACUCUCGGGCACCAUCACCCAAUCAGAACAGAGCAGCAUGAUUCCAGGUGGCUCAACGAUCCAAGAUUCAUUAGUGCCCACCUCAUCCCCGAAAGUGACAACCCUGAAGAUGACAAAGUAUAUUUUUUCUUCCGUGAAAAUGCGAUUGAUGGAGAACACACCGGAAAAGCCACUCAUGCUAGAAUAGGUCAGAUAUGCAAGAAUGACUUCGGGGGUCACAGAAGUCUGGUGAAUAAGUGGACAACAUUCCUGAAAGCUCGACUCAUUUGCUCAGUGCCAGGUCCAAAUGGCAUUGACACUCAUUUUGAUGAAUUGCAGGAUGUAUUCCUUAUGAAUUCUAAAGAUCCUAAAAAUCCAAUUGUCUAUGGAGUGUUUACAACUUCCAGUAACAUCUUCAAGGGGUCAGCUGUGUGCAUGUAUAGCAUGAGUGAUGUGAGAAGGGUGUUCCUUGGUCCUUACGCUCACAGGGAUGGUCCCAACUAUCAGUGGGUGCCUUACCAAGGAAGAGUCCCCUACCCACGACCAGGAACUUGUCCCAGUAAAACAUUUGGUGGAUUUGACUCUACAAAAGACCUUCCUGAUGAUGUUAUAACAUUUGCAAGAAGUCACCCAGCUAUGUACAAUCCAGUGUUUCCUAUUAAUAACCGCCCAAUAAUGAUCAAAACAGAUGUCAAUUAUCAGUUUACACAAAUUGUGGUAGAUCGAGUGGAUGCAGAAGAUGGCCAGUAUGAUGUUAUGUUUAUUGGAACAGAUGUUGGGACCGUUCUUAAAGUAGUUUCAAUUCCUAAGGAAACUUGGCAUGAUUUAGAAGAAGUUCUGCUGGAAGAAAUGACAGUUUUUCGGGAGCCAACUACUAUUUCAGCAAUGGAGCUUUCCACUAAGCAGCAACAACUCUAUAUUGGUUCCACCACGGGGGUUGCCCAGCUCCCUCUACACCGAUGCGAUAUUUACGGGAAAGCGUGUGCAGAGUGCUGCCUUGCCCGAGACCCUUACUGUGCCUGGGAUGGCUCUUCAUGCUCUCGCUAUUUUCCCACUGCAAAGAGACGCACAAGACGACAAGAUAUAAGAAAUGGAGACCCAUUGACUCAUUGUUCAGACUUACAACACCAUGAUAAUCACCAUGGCCACAGCCUUGAAGAAAGAAUCAUCUAUGGAGUAGAAAAUAGUAGCACGUUCCUGGAAUGCAGUCCAAAAUCACAGCGAGCUCUGGUCUAUUGGCAAUUCCAGAGGAGAAAUGAAGAGCGAAAAGAAGAGAUCAGAGUGGAUGAUCACAUCAUCAGGACAGAACAAGGCCUUCUACUGCGUAGCCUACAGCGGAAGGAUUCAGGCAAUUACCUCUGCCAUGCUGUGGAACAUGGUUUCAUGCAAACUCUUCUGAAAGUGACCCUGGAAGUCAUCGACACAGAGCAUUUGGAAGAGCUUCUUCAUAAAGAUGAUGAUGGAGAUGGCUCUAAGACCAAAGAAAUGUCCAACAGCAUGACACCUAGCCAGAAGGUCUGGUACAGAGACUUCAUGCAGCUCAUCAACCACCCCAAUCUGAACACAAUGGAUGAGUUCUGUGAACAAGUGUGGAAAAGGGACCGAAAACAACGUCGGCAAAGGCCAGGACAUGCCCAGGGGAACAAUAACAAAUGGAAGCACUUGCAGGAAAACAAGAAAGGUAGAAACAGGCGGACCCACGAAUUUGAGAGGGCACCCAGAAGUGUCUGAGCUGCAUUACCUCUAGAAACCUCAAACAAGUAGAAACUUGCCUAGACAAUAACUGGAAAAAAUGCAAUAUACAUGAACUUUUUUCAUGGCAUUAUGUGGAUGUUUACAAUGGUGGGAAAUGCAACUGAGUUCCACCAAUUAUAAAUUAAGUCCAUGAGUAACUUUCCUAACAGACUUUCCUCCUAAUACCAACACCUAAUAGAGGUCAGGUGAACGCAGAGGUUCACUUUAGCAGACUUAAUGUUUCCUAUGAGAUUUCAUUGUACAGGUUUCCCUUUCUUCUUUGCCUGAGAAAUAAAAAUGUCAUUUGCCAUAUUGCCAUUUAAAGAAGAAAAACUGCAUCAGCAAAGCCAUUUUAUUGAACUAAAAGUCUAAAAUAAACUGCAUGGAUUUAUGAAGCUGAUGAAUAUUCCAAAAUAUAGUUGGAUUCAAGGAUAUUUUUUGUCUACCAGCACUUGUGUUUAUAUGUACUGGAGGAGUAAAAUGAGACUGAAUGAAAUGGUCUGUGGAAAUAUAAAAAAACAUAAACCAUCCAUCAUCCAGAGGAAAAAUGGAAUACACUGAUCUACUACUGAUGUCUUCUUUCAGCUUUGAUCUAAAGAUGUAUUUUAUUAAAACUAUAAUUUAAAUGUACCAUGACAAAUAUGCAGUAAAAAUUAGCUCUUUUCUAAGCUAGAGUAGGUUUUUGUCUUAUAGUUAUUGUGCUCUAUAGUUUUUGUUUUACAAAUUCCAAUUGUGUGCUGCUUUUUUCCCCCUGACAUUGUGUUUUUAGUUCUGCAAGAGGGAUAGCCGAUAUUGUUCAAGAAACACAUAAAUAUAAUUAACAGUUGAUUCCUAAAACCUGGACAUAAAUUAUGCUUUAUUUCUCUGAGGAAGUCAAACAGAUAACACCCCCCUUCUUUAAGCAUGAUCAAAAUUAAUUUUAACUUGCAUAAUGUUCUUAGAAAAAACAGAACAUUUAACCAGAAGAAAAAGGAGAAACAAUUUUGAUUUGUUCAAUGCAUUGUGUUGCAACUAAUGGUUCAAUAAGGAGAAAAGGAACUGCGUAUUUCAUGAAAAUAAUAAGCACUGUUUUAAUAUAGCAUUAACAGAAAAUCUCUUAAUUUUGUGCUUGAAAACCCGCAUGAUAUUUGACACAUAAAAACUCUCAUUAUUCCUUUAGGAAUUACAUUUGUGUCACUUAAUUUUCUUGAAAGAGAUCAGUAAUAUUCAGAACAACAUCUUAAAAGCAAAUUUUCCAACUCUGUUUACAUCUGUAUCAGCUGUCUCUUACCUCACCUUGUUUAAAGCAAUGAUCUGUUUUAAAACAGAUCAUCUUGAUUCAUUUCAUGUUGAUGGGAGUGACUUUUAUACAAACUGUUUUCUGGGACACAACUCACACUUAAGUCAUGUAAAGCUUUUUGUUUCCUCCAACAACUUAUAAAAUAAGGUAAAAGAUGUUCAAUAAAGGACUUGCCUCGUCCCUUGUCCUAACAUGAUUCCUUGAGAAUCAUUGCCUUCAAGGUUUAUAAGGCCUUCCACAUUAUGAUAGUUUCUUUUGCACUGCACUCACCUUUCCAGGAAUCCCUCCCUAGAUUCUUCAUCAUGCACAAAACUGCAAAGGAAACAUCUUCUUGCUAAUUAAUGAAAGCGGCAUUGAAAUUCUAACUCUAGCUGUCUUGGGAUUCUAAUUAACUCAGCACUAAUUUCUCACCUCAGACUACAGUGAAUUUUUAAAAAAAAAUUCUCAGCUGAAAUAUUUCACAGAUGGGAGCUCAGGUUUCAAUUUAGUUGUCUGAAUAAACAGUUUGUUAAUGCCUAUUUCAAAUGAAAGUCUAAAAAUAUUCUACAUUCAAUUUUAGGCUCCAUUGAUUAAUCCGGUGUUACUUACAGAAGUACAUCCUUAAACAGUAUUUGAAUUUUAAAUUAUUUGAAGGACAUAUUUCUGUAGAGAAAAAGCAACGUUUGAAAUACAAAUCAAAGAACAAAGAGGGCUCCAAAAAUAGGUAUUUUUUUUCUAUUUUCAUGGAGUAUCUUAACUGUGCUAAAAUUUGGUGUCGCAUUUCCUUCUAAAUUUUCAACUGAAACAGAUUUGCAAUAACAGAAGUAUCUUAUUUCAUAGUAGUCCUCAAAAAUAAUGGACUUGAAGGGAUGGAGGGGAUGCCUUCCAAUAUCCAAACGCAUUUUGUUAAGCAUUAUGAAAUACCCAGAGAAAGUAAGUCUAGACGUCAAAGAAAAGAAACAAAACAAGGAAAUCUACUUGCAUGUCUUUAUAAACUAUCAGGUCUAAGUUUUCGAAGAAAAUUAUUGAUAUAACUUGCAGGUAGAUAGCUCUUAUUACAGUCAUAAUCUGCCAGUGUGUAUUAAGAGGGGACAGUUUGCACGAAAAAUAAUCAAUGUCCCACUUAAUUUAAUUUUAGUAGACUUUGGCAUAUGCAUGUAUCAUCAGAGUUGAAACUUUGUUAAGACACUCAUGUGAACAUAAGCAAGUUAUGACAGCACUCUUAAGAUUGGAAAAAGGUACAUCGCAGCAGAGAAAUGAUGGCCCAGUUGAAAUCAAAUGUAUAAUGUAAAUGCAUGUAAAUGCACACUUAAUGCUACUUUAUGUAUUAUUUAGUGAUUUUCAAUGGUAUGUGUUUAAUAUUUUUGCUACCUAUACAUUAGGCAGAAGAGAUGUAAAUAAUUUUGAAAAGAAGAGGAAGGACAGUAAACUUCAACUUUUUAUAGGGACUCCAUUUCAGUGUGUUCAAAAUCACCCUAAAAUGCAAGAUUUCCCCACACAGGUGACAAGGUGGUUUAUGUGCUAUUUAAGGACGGAGGGUGUGUGCCCAUUCAAUAAGCAUGUUUUUUGCCAGGUAGUAAAUAUGUUCCAUAUCUGUAUUUAUCACUGCAUUUCAGAUGGGAACUAGAAAACUGGAGAGAAAAAUGUAAUGAAACUGCUGCUGUAAAUUAUUCCUUUUAGCAUGUAUUCAGUUGCUAAAUACACAUUUCUUCAAAAUAUUUGAAUUCAGAUGUCUUUACUGUUCCCUGUAGCAUAUGGUGUCAAGGAACAUAAGUUUAGAAAAUGCUGAGAACCAGAGUCAGGUUGCUACAUAAUCAGCUAGCAGAUUUCUCCGUUCUAGUCAUCUGUAAACUGAGUUCUAUAUUUAUGGUGAUGAUGUUCAUUUUUAUGCCCUUUAAGUUAAAUAUUGUUAUUUUUUAUGUCAUGCCUAAAAGAGGAAAUAUAGGGAUGAAAUUCUAUAAUGUGUCAUUAUCAUGCUCAGUUUGGUUUCAUUCAGGAUUGACAAGGAUGGCCAACAGUUGUUACUGAAAUUGCCUAUCCUUAAGGUCAUAAGCAAGCAUUUCAUCAAUAUGAAGUGAUCAGUAUAACAUUUUAAAAGCUUGUUUUAUGAGUUCAUUUUUAAAGCACAAUUUGCAUUCAGACUUUAAUGGAAAUUAUCCAUUGUGAUGUUUUCAAAGACAAACUUAAUAGACAAGAUUCAACAUCAUCUUACUGUGUUAUCAUGUGUUAGAUAUAAACUGGCCUAAUGCCAAAGGCAUCCAUGCUUUUUAUUUUAAAGCUGUAAUAAUUAUCCAAAUUCAUUGUUAAUGUUUGCAAAAUACGUGUUUCCAUAAAAAGGAAAACAUUGUUUUUCACAAAGUCUGCAAAAGCCUAUUAGUUUAUCUGCUUUCUAACAAUUUUCUUGCACUAGUUAAUUAAAGACACAUACUUUUUUAAAGUUAAUAUACUGGGGCGUCUGCGUGGCUCAGUUGGUUUAAAGGUCUGGCUUCAGAUCAGAUCAUGAUUCUGCAGUUCAUGAGUUUGAGCCCUGCAUUGGGCUCUGUAAGGACAGCUCAGAGCCUGGAGCCUGCCUCAUAGUCUGCGUCUCCCUCUCUCUCUGCCCCUGCCUCCGCCCCACUUGCACUAUGUCUCUCUCUCUCUCUCUUUCUCAAAAAUAAACAAACAUAAAAAAAUAAAGUUAAUAUACUAAGAGGACCUAUGAUGAAUCUUUGAAGCCACAGGAAUGGUAUGGCCAUUUUCACAGUCAGCCAGCCCAAAGAAAACAGCUUGGUUUUAAUUUCAAACAUGCAAGCACACACAAGCAAAAGGAGAGGCACCAAAUGGAACCCAACCAAACAAAAAGAUGAUUUCGAAUAUAAAGAAAUUAGGCUUCUAGACCCUUUGAACUUUAGACCCAGACUCCUACCUGUGCAAUUAAUUUAUGUUGGUAGAUCUUUUCUGCCUACUAUGUACUAGGCACUGGUAGGCGAUGAGGAUAUUUUACACCUUACCACACAUACUCAUUGAUGCUAUUUGGCAAGUCUUUCUUGAUCCUUCCAUCUCUAGAUGAAAUUAACCACCUUCUCUGCACUAAAUCUGUGCCUUGUCUAUACUUUUUGUUGCCACACUUAUCACAAACGUGUAGAUUCUUUGUUUACACCCCCAUCCCUUUCUAGACUGUAAGCUACUUGAGCACAGGGUCUGUAUCUAAUUUAUCUCUACCCCCAGUUCCUAUCAUGAUGGCUGGCAUGGGGAAGAAGCUCAAUAAAUCACUGUUGGAAAGAACCAGGUCACAAUGUGAUGAGUGCCAAAUGCAAACAGAGGAUAAAGGUGCUGUGAGAUCACAGGGGAAGGGAUGAAUUUCAAGAGAGCACGGAGAGCUUCAGAAGAUAGAUAAGUGACAUGCAGUCUGGGAAUUGACAUACAUGAGAAAUGUGCCCAGAUAAAGCAAAAGAAGAACAGAAAAAAGAAUGAAAGAGAGGUGGGAAAAUAAAUGCUUUUAUUAUGGGAACAGGUAUUCCAAAUAAAUUACAGAGUUCAUAAGCAAAAAUAAAAUGCCCCACUACCGAGAAAGUGUUGGGUUUGUUUAUUUUUUCCCUGAUUUUGGUUUAUUGCCCUCUGUUUGCACCCUACAUUCUCAUCACUGGCACAUGGUGUCAUUCACUCCACUUCUCUCUACCCCCUCCCCAUUUUGUUCACCCUCCCUAUCUUCCCUCUUCAUGUUGACCUCUUUUGUCUUUACUUAGCUGGAGUCAUAGCAAUGGGCAGUAUUCCCACAGUAUUUUUGAACUAAUCUUUAUGCCAUAAUCUCCUUUCUAGUUCAACCAAUCUUGCUUUUGCAGAAUUCGGAAUUCCACACGUGAGUGGCUGGGAGAAGACAGCUUCCUCAUGCUGGUCUAACACAGUUCAAAUGAAAUCUUCCCUUAUACGUCACCUGCUUUCAGCAUCGCCCAACUCGUCUAGCGUUAGUCCACUCGGACGCAGGUUCCAACAUUGCUAAUUAACAAGGUGGCCUACAAACAAGACAUCAUCAAAGAUGGCAUUAAAAUAUGAAGCCUUCGUUUAUUCAAUGGAUACCCUAGAUGGAGGGCUUCAGGGCUAAACAAUGAUACAGGUGAGGUUAGUGCACAUAGUUGACAGGCAGAGACUCCUGUGUACAAAUAAUAAUAACAACAAUAAUAAUAAUAAUAAUAAAACAAAACAAAAAAGAAAAAGUCAAGAAAAUGAGGAGGCUUAGUUGCCUCUUGAAAUUGUCAACGGAACACCACCAUUAUAUUAAACUGUCAAGUCUUUUCUCACAUAACACAAGAAGGUAUUUUAUUUCUCUUAAUCUAAACAUUAUACUUACAGACACACUGUAUUUUAUACAGUACCUAAGCACAAGUUUUCAUAAAUGUAUUUAAGUCCUUCCAAUUUGGGUAAUUUGAAGUCUCAACUUCAUCUUCUCUUUGUAAAUCUCACUAAAGCAUUAGACCUCAAGUAAAUACAUUAAAAAAAAAAAAAAGUCCCUGUCAUUUGUGUAUCUCGGUUCUUAAUGUUUCAAUCGUUUUGUUGAUGACUAAUUCCAGAAAGGCUUGCACUGUUUUAGACUAAGUUGUGUGUCUAAAAUCAAGCAUCAUUUCCAUUUUAGGGUAUUUUUUAUUACGCCUCAAUUUUUAGGAGAUUUCCAUCCUUGAAUUUCAGUAAAAGAAUGACACUUUCAUUAGUCCUGAAAUAUUUUUUCUCUUUCAGUGUUUUUAAAUUGCUGAUAAAUUUCAACAAAUUAAUAUGGGUCUCUCUGUACCAUUCCAUAAAUUUUACUUGAAUUUAUACACUGGCUAAAAGUGGUAAAAAAAAAUCUUACGUUUCAAAUGUGCAUAUUGUCAUCUACCAAUUUCAGAAAUAUUGCUCAUUUUCUUUUUAUGUUACUUUUGACCCUAAUGGUUGGUUAUUGAAAUUAGUUGUAUUUUAUUUGGCCGAGGAAAUAGGUUAAAUUAUUAUUUAGUGAAUAUUAAUACAGUAUCAGAAAUAAAAACUGGCAUCCAUAUGAAAAAGUGUACUGUCAAAGAGUAUAUUGAAUUCUUAAAGUUAUAAAAUGAUAUUUAUUCAGAAGAGUUUGAGUAAAUAUCCAAGAUUAUUAUAUUUUGACCAAGAUAAUAGUCUAGUCACUUACUUGAGAUACAUGACAUUAUUGAUUAAGAUUUCUCUUUUACAUUAUUGUUAGCCUCUCUAGAAUUUACAAGACAAACAACAACAAAUUCCCUAGAUUACAAAAUCUCUAAUUAUUCAAAAUGUAACAUACCCUACUCCCCUCAUUGGAGAAUGGAAUAUAAUUUGUAAUUGUUUCCAUACUGGUUUCUUCCUAAGCUCCCCUUUGUCACCAGACAAAAUUUGUUAAAAUCAUGUCAUAUCAGGUAGCUCUGUAUUCAUUACUAAGAAGUAACAUUCUUGAACUUGUGUAAAGGAAAUGUUUAUACAUCUUCAUGAAGUUAACUGAUUUGUAGCAGUACA